UACCAACCGCUAACUUACACAUAUUUACGAGAACAAUAUUUUCGUUGUUGGGCGACCCCCAUGGUAAGGAUAAAGGGGUUUUGCGCGAGGAGUUUCCUGUCCAGAGAGAGCUUCUCAUGGCGAUGAAAUUCAAAACUAUCGUUUCUCCACUAACUGAUCUCCAAUUCAAUACCCACUUACCAAAAUCUGAAGCACUGGCUUUGAAUUCGAGCUUUUCCUUGUCCCUCCCGUCUUCUCUUCGUCGUAAUAACAGUCUUCCACUUCAUAUUUGUCCACCAUUUAUCCAGUCUUCUGCUAUUCGGCGCCGCAGAUCCCUGCCAUCAUCUUGCUUAGCUUCAGACGGAACUGCACUCAAUGUGGAGGCGAAGGUCACUGUCGAUGAUCUGUCUCUUGAAGUGAAGAAGAAAGCAAUGGAUGUGGCUCCUGAACUGAAAGGAACUUCCAUCUUUCUCGUGGGGAUCAACAGCUCCAUAAAAACUAAGUUGGGGAAAUUACUGGCUGAUGUGUUGAGAUACUAUUACUUUGACAGUGAUAGUUUAGUUGUGGAAGUUAGCGGUGGUGAGGCUGCUGCCAAACUCUAUAAGCAAAGUGAUGAAAAGGGUUUUCAGGCGUUUGAGACUGAAGUGUUAAAACAACUAUCUUCUAUGGGUCGACUAGUUGUGUGUGCUGGAAAUGGCGCCGUUCAGAGCUCUACUAAUCUGGCGCUUUUGAGGCACGGCAUAACAUUGUGGAUUGAUUUACCCCUACAGAUGAUAGCAGAGGAAUUUGCUGAAGAUCGAAGCCAACAUCCAGUAUUUGAUAUAUCUACCUCUGGAUCAUAUUCGGAGGUGCUGGGUCAAAUAACUUCCCUCUAUCAAAAAGUAAAAGACGGCUAUGCCACGGCUGAUGCUUUAAUAUCACUCCAAAAACUAGCAAGCAAGUUAGGAUAUGAUGACUUCAAUGCUGUCACAACCGAAGACAUGGCAAUGGAGGCUCUGAAGGAGAUAGAAAAACUGACGAGAGUGAAGAAGAUGAUCGAAGCAGCAGCAAAACCUUUUUAAAAAAAAGAAAACAAAAUGCAGCUUGUCUUCCAUGGUGCCCACAUAAUAACAACAAUUAAGAGCCCCUAGGGGUUGGAAAAUCUGAUGGGUAGCUCCCUUUAGGGCUGUGGUAAGUCGUCAUUUUAGUCGGAGCAAUGUAAAAUACCCUCUUUCUUCUUCAUUGUUGAUAUUGAUAUCAGUAUUUUAAUUUUUGGUUUAUAUCUUGAUGAAAUAUGGUUCUGAAUUUGGUUACAGAUCUUGCUAUUAGUAUGCAAUAUGCAUAUUCCCAUGUCUUUGGAUUAA